AUGGGUUCUGAAAACAUUAAGCUUCCAAAAAUAGACUUUUCUCAUGAAGAUCUAAAGCCAGACACACUUGUAUGGAACCAAGUGAAAAGCCAAGUUCACAAAGCAUUAGUAGAAUAUGGUUGUUUUGAAGCUUCUUUUGAUAAAAUUUCAAUACAUCUUAGAAAAUCCAUUUUUGAAUUCUCACAAGAGAUUUUUGAUCUCCCUUUAGAAACAAAACUUAGAAUCAUAUCAACCGAAGCCUUCCAUGGCUACGUUGGAAACUACCAUCCUUCAAUUCAACUCUUUGAAAGCAUGGGCAUUGAUGAUGCUAACAUUUUUCAUGAAGUUGAAAAAUUCACUCAAAUUCUAUGGCCCCAAGGAAACCCUUCUUUUUGUAAAACUAUCCAGUCAUAUUCAGAGCAACUAGCAGAGUUAGACCAAACAAUAAGAAGGAUGAUUGUGGAGAGUUUAGGCGUGGAAAAGUACAUGGAUGAGCAUAUGAAUUCGACCAACUAUAUUCUUCGAUUGAUGAAGUAUAAACCACCUCAAAACAAUGAGACUGAAACGGGACUAAGUGCUCACACGGACAAGAAAAGUCUUGCCAUACUAUAUCAAGAUCAAGUAAAUGGUCUUCAAGUUUUAACCAAAGAUGGACAGUGGAAAAAUCUUGAUCCUACACCAAACACUUUUACUGUCGUGGUUGGAGAUUCUCUACAUGCAUGGACAAAUGGUCGGAUGCAUGCACCAUAUCAUAGGGUGAUGAUGAGAGGAAAGGAGACAAGGUACUCAGUUGGUUUGUUUUCAACACCUAAAGCUGGAUACAUAAUAAAGGCACCAGAAGAGCUGGUAGAUGAAGAGCAUCCUUUACUCUAUAAGCCCUAUAAUCAUGGUGAAUUCCAUGCUUUUAGCUACAGUGAAAAAGGCAUGAAAUGUGAAUCUGCUUUGAAGACCUAUUGUGGUGUCUGAAUUUAGUUUAAUAAAUUAUGUUUACUAGUAAAAUAAAUAUGUAUACUUCUUUGAGUAUAUACUUGUGUUUUAUGUACUGAUAUGAAAAAUAAUACUAGUUAAUUUGC